CGCCGGUGUAGGACGUCAGGGCCGUUCGUUUUUUUCAGGCAUCAGGAGAUCGGGUUUCAAUUAACACGAUACGAAUAGCGUGAGUGCGCUUUCGAAGCCGAGCGAACUGGUAACCGCGCUAAAAACGAAUUUCAAGCUGAUUGCAACACUAUGUUGCGCCUUGCGCUUAUCCAAAUGCGAGUCGGAGCUGACAAGUUGGCUAAUGUGAAACGGGCUUCGGAUCUGAUCUCGUCAGCUGUAUCUGAGCAUUCUGCUCGCCUGAUCUGCUUGCCUGAGUGUUUUAAUUCACCUUAUGGGACGAGUUUCUUUGAGUCCUACGCAGAACCAGUACCCGACGGUCCAACUUGCAAGGCCGUAUCUGAAAUUGCCAGGGAACACCGCAUUUGGCUGGUUGCUGGAUCCAUUCCUGAACGGGGCGACGAUGGAAAAUUGUACAACUGCAGUGUGACUUUCGAUCCGAAGGGUACCCUGGUCGGGUUGUAUAGAAAACUGCAUCUGUUUGACAUUGAAAUACCAGGCCAGUUCUCCUUCAAAGAAUCCAGCAGUUUGUCAUCGGGCAAAGAACCAUUUUACUUCGAACUACCGUUGGACGAUACGGACCGCCAGCCGAAAGUCAUUCGUGUUGGAAUCGGCAUUUGUUACGAUAUUCGCUUUCCGGAACUAUCUCUGCUAUAUGCGAACAGCCACGGGUGUCAUGUGCUCCUCUUUCCGGGUGCAUUUAAUCCGAAAACUGCAACGGUCAGCGAAACGAUAAGUGGAAAAGGUGGCUCAUUAAUUCACUCGCAAAAACGUCGACUGGAAAGAUGGGCCGAACACUUCGAAGAACAGUUCAUCUGGCCUCCUGCAACACAGUCUGUGGAAAUAAUGCACACGGGCGAAUGGAAUGUAAACCUUGAUCGCCCUUCGGAAGAAGAGGUAUGGUACAAAAUAUCCGUGCUAAAACGUGAGAAGGCACCAGGACCGGACGGUCUGUAUCCAGCCCUCUUCAAAGAAGGCGGAAAAUUCCUAGUGUCCCAUCUGACAAAACUUAUUGGUACCAUACGGGACGGAGAGAUUGUGUCUGCAGAAUGGGGCAUGUCCACGAUUAUCCCUAUCUUCAAAAGGAGACCCGUACACUGGGAACUUUUGGGCAAAGCUCGCGCCUUGGAUACACAGUGCUACGUUGGAAUGUGUAGUCCAGCUUGUGACUUGGAGUCCGAUUAUGUCAGCCACGCGGAAUCAUUGAUUACCUCACCAUGGGGUGUCGUGGUUGCCAAAGCUGGAAAAGAUGAACAGAUUAUCUCGGCCAAUAUCGACUUGAACGAGCUCAAACGGGUUCGUGAAGCCAUCCCUAUCGGUCGGCAGCGACGGUUAGACGUGUACACAAUGCCGAAACCGGCGAACGGUUCACAUCCGAAUGAGACACAGGGCAGUUGUUAA